AUGUUGCAACAAAGUCCCAACAAUUCUUCAUUCCAUCACCAUGGUCGUGACAACGAUCUGCUCCAACAACAAAGCAACAAAUACAGAAAGAUUAACGAUCAACUCUCGAGUGUCUUGAGUGAAUAUCAAGAUCUUCGUCCUCCCAAUAUUGUGGUCAUUGGAGAGCAAAGUGCUGGUAAAAGCUCCGUGUUGGAAUAUUUGAGUGGUAUUCGCUUUGUUACAGGGCAAAACAUGGUGACCAAGUGUCCUUUGCAACUACGUAUGGUCAACUCCAAGUCAUCCAGUGGAAGCAAAGCAGUGAUUAAAUCCAACAUCUAUCUCACCAAACAUUCCAACAAGCCCAUCACCAUUGAAAACCCAGAAAUCAAUGAUGGUGCUCAGCAACUCGAAGAGGCCAUUCAACACUUGACCUCGCUCCAUCUCCAGGAAGAAGGGUACACUGGUGAUGUUUCCAGAGUGUCAACACAUCUCAUUGAAGUAGAGAUUACUUCUCCCAAUGUACCAGAUCUCACUUUGAUUGAUCUUCCUGGACUCAUUACCACCAGUAAUGAAAAAAAUCCAACCUUAAAAGACGACAUUCGUCAGUUAGUGAAAAGGAAUACGACGGAUCGAGAUUGCAUUCUAAUAGUGGGAGAUGCUGGUCGAGAUUUACAGACCAUUGUGGGCUUUGAGGAAGCACGAGAGAAGGAUCCUUCUCAGAAACGUACCUUGUGUGCAUUGACAAGAGUCGACAAGCAUGUCAACGACAUUGAAACGUUGAAUAAGAUGAUAGAGUCGUUGAAUAAUCGUGGACCCAUUAAAUUAGUGCAUGGAUAUGUAGGAUUAAGAAAUCGAUAG